CCUCUGCAUAUUUUUCUUGCUGUCACUCACUAAUCAUUUCCAAAAACAUCCCGAAACACAGCAACCUUAAUCUAGGCUGUCUCCAAUCUUUUCCUUUCCCUCCCUUUCUAUAUCUCCUUCUGCAACUCUAGAUUACAUUGGAUGGCUCCUGAAAGGCAAAGCUAAUCAACAAAGCUAAAUAUCCAGCUACAUAAUACAAGGAUGGUAACCAAUGGGGCUGCUUUAGAUUGUGUAGAAAUUGUAAACAAGUGUGGAACAAUGGGUGGUCACCUAGAUGUUGAUAAUGUAGGAAAGGACCUUGAGCAGUUCGGUGAUAAUAAGGAUAGGCUAAGAUGUUUGUUUGAUCUGGUUCUUUCCGGUUAUCUGAAAGAGGUAACUUGGAAGGGUUUGUUUAGGCCUAUGCCAGCAAUGCUUGGAAAUGAUGGGCAAUCACUAGAUUUGCUCAAGCUUUUCCUUGUAGUUAGAGAGAUUGGAGGGUAUGAGUUGGUGUCGAAUGAAGGGUUAUGGGCUUUUGUGGUGAAAGAAUUAGGUUUGGGUUUUCAGGUUUUGGCUUCGGUUAAAUUGAUAUAUGCCAAGUAUUUGUAUGAGCUUGAAAAAUGGUUAAGGAGCAACUUGGAAGAUAGAAAGGAAGAUAAUGCAUGUGGAGGGAAUUUUGGGUUCUUGACAUUGGAGCAAGAGAAGGAUUUUAGAGGCUUGUUUGCGAAUAGGAUUGGCCGACAAGGGGUGGUGAACAAAGUGGCUCUAAUUGAAUAUAGAAAACAUAAGAAGUUCAUUGGUAAGGAUAGCAAGAAUGGAGUGGGAGUUUCAGAUACUAACAGUAGAUUUAGAUUGCAGGAUCGUGUUGGGAAGGUGUAUGGUGAUGAUGCCGAAAAUGAAUGUAGGAAAGAAUUUAGUACUCGUAAGAGAAAAAGAAAAUCUUUAUCAGAAAUGCUGAGUUGGGUAAUGCUGGUAGCAAAAUGUCACGAUGAUCCUUCGGUUCGGGAAAUAUUGGAGCCAUCUAAGUGGAUUAACCAUAAAGGUGAUGAAUUCUGGAUACAAGCCAUUAGGGCACGCGAAGCAUUAAGGCAGAAAAGGGAUGGUCAUUCAGUCAUUGAACAGUCUCCCCUUCAGAAAAAUCAGGAGAUGCACCCAUCCAUGUAUGACGACGACUUUCUUAAUCACCAUUUUACCGAGAAGUUAAGAUGCAGUGAGAGGCUUUCUAGGUCGAAUUCUUGUUCUUGCUCUCAUUGUAGUUCUGGUUCAACCUUCGACAGCCAAUUGAUGUGUCUUCAUAGGACACACUCUGAAUGUGGCCCUAAGGAGCUUUCCUCUAUAGCUAUUGAUUUAUCAUCCUUAGAUACGAGCAUGACUGUCGAGCCAUAUGGAGACGAUAUUUUUAGAAGACAAGUGGCUGUCGGUCCCCGCUUUCAAGCUGAAGUACCUGAAUGGACUGGUCCUGUUUCUGAUUCCGACUCUAAAUGGCUAGGCACACGGCAGUGGCCCUUAAGUGGUGGCGAAUAUGAUUCACUAGCUAUAACUGAUCCAAUUGGUAGCAGACAACCAAAUUCAUGCAGCUGUCAGAUUCCAAACUCUGUUGAGUGUAUUAGAUUUCAUAUUGCUGAGAACAGGAUGAAAUUAAAGCUUGAACUGGGUUCACUGUUCUACCAUUGGAGAUUUGAUGGGAUGGGGGAGGAAGUCUCACUUCGGUGGACUGCUGAAGAAGAAAAGAAAUUCAAGCAUAUGGUACAAUUAGAAUCACCAUCUUUAAAUGCAUUCUGGCCUCGAGCAUCCGAGUUUUUUCCCGAGAAGACUUGGCAAGACUUGAUAAGCUAUUACUUCAAUGUAUUUCUCAUCCGGCGUAGAAGUUAUCAGAACCGUGUGACUCCUAAAAGCAUCGAUAGCGAUGAUGAUGAGUCAGAGUUUGGAUGCAUAAGUGACAGCUUUGGAAGCUACGCCCUAAAGGUUCCUGGCUCAAAUACACUGACAUGCUCUCAAAACAAUCAGUGCAUUGACUUGGAAUUGGAUGAACACUGAUGAAGGUUUAUGACAUUGACUAGAAUCUGGAACCAGUUUCCACUCUGGUUGAACCAAUAGUUGAAUCUUACAUUUUCUUUUUCCUGUUUCUUCUCUACUUGCACCAUAUAGUAUCACCCGGUUAUCUAAAAUCUCCAUGAGACAUGGAAAUGACAGCCGUGAUUCAGUUUUGGAAUGUGCCGAGGUGGAUUUUGGACCUGGCUUGGUUCAUUGACCGGUAAAACAAUUUACGAAUGUGCUAGUGUACAAUAGUUGUCUCAGAAAUGCUUUAUACUUUGCAUUCGCAUAUAUGAAUACCGGUAUAUUGUUUCAACUUUGGACAGGAAAUUUGGAAGUUGGAGACCAAGAUGUGGCUUAUGUUUCUCCUAUUUUAAGUAUGUGUUUUUCAUUUUCCUUUCAAAUGUUUACAGUUUACAUGGCACUUGCGCUGCCACUAACGAA